AUGCGCGUUUCAACUGUUGUUCUUGUAUUCCUCGCAAUGAUGCUGAGCGUCAUCGGGGCUAACGCCUCCCCGAUUGCUGAUACCUCCGUCGAGAAUUUCCAGCGUGAAGCUGGUGUGGAAGCAAGGAAAGGAUGUACUGUCGAGACAUGCACUUUGCCCAUCUCAGCGGCUGCCAACUGA